AUGUUAUUGGUGGUUAUUUGGCGGAUCAUCACACAUAUAUUCUGUCAACGAAGAGAACGUGAAGACAUCGAUGCUGUGCUUGACCAGGACGAAGGAAAGCAUGGGCUUUUGAAAGGGGAACUAGAUGGCAUUGCGUUGAAGCAAGAAGAAGUUCAAAUUGGCUGGAUGACAGAGGCAAAAGACUGGGCAGGCGAACUGAUUUCGGGCCAAAGUAUGACAGGUCGCAUCCUCGUCGUAUUAGUAUUCAUACUGUCUAUCGGAUCCCUUAUUAUUUAUUUCUACGAUGCCUCACAGUAA